CCGUGACGGUUUCAAUCUGUGUCGCCUUUAAACUAACAGUGUGCGCCCAUGCACUAGAAAUGAUCUGCACCACCAGUCAACAAGCAGCCGCCCUCGCUGCACCCUUCAUUUGACCAUUGAGAUCGGCUGUCCUCAUAAUCUACCAACUCUGCCCAUGCGGUAAAUGGAAUCUGGCAUAGGCGUGUCCCACUCGUGCCGGUAGUAUCAAUGCAGAGGAGGCCUGCUCGGUACCACAGCUGACUCUCAGAAGCCAAAACACGCUCCUUUCUGCCAACAAUUCAUCCACCCCUCAUUCAUCUAACGCUCUCUUUUCCCAGAAUGGCGAAACUGUGGAUACAUACAGCCGCUCUGCUUAUCUUCCUGGCCAUUUCAAGCCCCAGCUCGCAAGCCAGAAGUUUCCAAUGCAUGCGUCAGUCUGACCUGGUUGAUGCUCUUCUCCUCGUCUGCGGGGAAAGAGGUUCCGUCUUUCAGCCAUUGACCGGCCAUGGCUCCAUGCAGCGUAGGGAACCAUCAGCAGGAGAUGAAAACAAGGACACCACCUUUCAUGAGCGUAUAGCGAUGGUUGUGAUGAAAAACAUUCUGAAGCGCUGCUGCAACGUGCACUGCACCCUCGAGGAGCUGAGCGAAUUCUGCAACUAAGGAACCAGUCCGGACGCGGCUGCUUGCUCAGCUUUGCAUACUUUGGCUUAUUGACUAACUUAGCAUACAUUGCUAAAAACAUUCUGUGUUUGAAAUUUUUUUAAAUAUUUUUCAGCCACGUAACCAGUGAAGCUUAACUCACGUUGAUUUCAAUAAAACAACUGUUUCACCAGGGAGAGAGCUGCCAUUUCCCACGUGUUCCAGUUUUUUCCCUUUAAUGCUCUGUGUUUAAAUAUGAAUUUAAAAAAAAAAAAAAAAAAUCAGUGAUCUGGGGUUCAGCUCAGCAAAGGCACUGUCAAGUCUGAUAAAGUUUUGUUGUGUAUUAGGCAAUUGGAUGACAUACUGUAUAUAUAUUAGACAUGGAAAUAAAAUAAUAAACUAAGAAAAA